UGGACCAACUGGUCCAAGAUAUGGCUCAUCCUGAAACCCGAUCGUCUCGAAUUUUACGAAAAACCACCGGUUGAAAAAGGGAGGAGCUUCAAGAAGGGUCAGAUUUUGAUUGAUAAGAACCUGAUGAUGGAAACUGUGCCCGAUUACCGAAGCUUUUUCAAGAAGCUGUCUGGAUGCUUUAUGAUAACAGAUGAUUCGGCAAUUUACGAGUUUGGGGAAACCGACGGAGAAGGUCCCGACUGGUUUCAUUGCCUUGAAGAAGUGAUGGACAGUUACAAAAUCAACAUUACUCCAGUGCAAAAGCUGCUGAAGGAACGCCAACGCAGGCGAGAGGAGGCGAAGAAUACUAUCCCCGUAUCUGCGUCGGAUAUUGACAUUGACAUUGACAUACGGGCAGAUGUGCUUGAAGCUACAACAAAAGAUGUGGUAAACGGCCAGGUUAACCCUACUAUAAAAGACCAACCACUUUCAAGGCGCACGGGGUGGCAAUUCGCUAAAAAGAAUUACGAAGUCCCAGAACACGUGCUUAAGAAGGGUGAAGAUAAGCUUAAAGCCGUGUUCAUGAAAGUGGAUACCAAUGGAAAUGGGUGGAUCGAUCCGACAGAGUUUUCCACUUUCCUCAAAGGUCUUGGUCUUACCCUGACAGAGAAAGAAAUCAACUUGGUCUACAAUACUAUAGACAAGGAUAGGAAUGGGCGGAUUUCUUUUCAGGAGUUUGAAGAGUAUUUUAUGAGGAAUGUGUUAGACGAGCAAGAGACGGGUGAUCGAACAGCUGCUCUAAGAGCUGCUUUCAUGGAGGCCGACCGCGACGGUUCCGGAACACUUGAUUUCAAAGAAUUCACGGAAUACUAUUGGGAAAAGAAGAGGAACGCCCGACUUGACAAGCUGAUGGCAGGGUUCGGCAAGUUGAAUAAAAAAGACGGUGAUACAAUUACAUUUGCAGAUUUUGAAAAUUUGUUUGCACAGUCUGGAGUAAACAUGGAACCACCAGUGAGCUCAGGAACACAGUCACCAAAAGUGGACGUCAUCGACCUGCUGGAUAAGGAACUUAAAGAAGAAUAUGACGAGGCAGCCGCCGGAGAAUUGGAAGAAUACAUUCGUGAUAGAUGGGAAAAGUUUGCAAGUUUCCGUCGACUUGGUGCAUCAGGCGAAGCCGUGAUGACCGGAAAGGACAACAUGGUUGCGGAUAUCGUUCCCGGGGAAUACAGCCUCAAAGACAUCGCACUGUUCAGUGAUCUGCCCCCAAUCGUUCCCAAGUACACAGCUGUCAAAGGUGUUCGCUGGGUUUCUAGCGGUGUGCCUGGGAAAUCGGGAGAGCUACUUUUCCCCGACGAUUUCAACUACGUCAUUGCCGUCGAUUUGGCUACAAAUGAGCGACUGCGGUACUAUGGAUGCAGUUUUGCCGAUGCACAGCAGGUGAAGGUGUCACUGUUGUACAGGCAUGGGAUCCAAGACUUCACGUACGAGAACCAGUAUUUAGAAGACUACGUUGAAGACCGCGGACCUGGGAUUGAGGUGCACCAGUUUUCACAUCUCGACUGCCCCUUGCACGAAGAUGCCGGAGUUUUCGUCAUAGGCAAGUUUGCGGGGGAGGAUGAAAUCCACUUAACUGCCUUUGAGGUUCCAGUUCGUCAUACAGUGUACGCCCCAGCGGGAACCAUCCACUCCAAUGACUACCUGAAAGGAACCUGGAGGACCAUGCUGUCAGAUGAAGCAGAGAUCGACCACGUGUACCUCAUGAAGAAGAAAGAGAAUGGAGAAAUGGAAAACUUUAAAUUUCGUUUUGAAUGAUUACCCUGGAGAGUGGACAUGUUAGCCCAUGUUAGCCCUUUUCAAGUAUAUGCCUUAAAGCGGUAAAUGGGUCAUAGAUAGAGGUUCAAUAACACUUUUUGUCAUGUUUUUUUUUAUAUAACGCUUGUUCUUAUGAGGCAUAUUUGGGGAAAAAUAGAGGUAAAUAGUAAAAACACCUUUCUGCGAAAGAACUUGAAAAUAUGCAUGACGAUGCACUUAAGUGGAAAAUCAUUGGAAGAUCACAAAUCAAACAUAUGCACCUUGAUGGCAAAUAUUUUGAAAAUACUCAAUUUAAGAAUUUUUUUGGUUCAUUUUUUUACCAGAAAGACACUUCUUAGAUUAUGUUUAUAAUUUCGGUCUUUGCCCUUCAAGGAAAUGACAUACUGUAAAGCACAUAAAAACAUUGUUCAUAGUAUCUGUUUUGUUAAGGAAAUACCUAUACGAAAAUUCACAAAUAGUAUUUUCCGUUUUAACCAUAUCCUUUGGUAUACUAAUUGAAGUCAGCAAUCUUGUUAGGGUCAUUUACUAUAGUAAAGUGAUUACUGAAUUCCGAUUGUUUACCGCAACGCCGUCCUUGGUGACAGGAGUCAUUUAUGGUCAGAGUUUGCAUACAUUGACUAUAAUGUUUUAUUAGUGGUGUGUGUAGCUGCACUUGUCUCUGACAUAUGUUGGCCUUCUUGUUUAAGUGGAGAAUGCACUGCUUAAUGCAAGCAUUAGAGGCAGGGGGUCGCUUAGAUGUUGCACUUUAGAUGUGAAAACCGGUUAUUAGAUAAGCAGGGCAUAAAAUAUUGCUUUAAGUGUGGUGAAAUGACUAACAAGUUGUGACAACACAAGGUAUCAAGGUUACAAUCUGAGCACUCCUUUUUUCUUUCAUUGUAAUUUCAUGUUGUUUUCAUUCCUUUUGACACAAAGAGGUACACACUAUUUGGACGCCACUUAAGUAUUUACGUGUAGCUAAUCAUAUAUAUAUAUAUACAUACCUGUGCAAAAGAAGGUUAUUUCACAAAGCAUAUAUUCUACCGUACUAUUUAGUAAUAAUCAGAGAACAUUUUCUCUCAAAAAGAGUUAACAAAGGCACUUGCAGAACAAAAUUAUCAAUAUGCAAUUAAAAGAAAUUACUGCCACUGUAUACAGACGGAACAAUAGUACAUAAAAUGGGGCGUCUUCGAACAUGCAUGUUAACAGUUCAAGGAAAUAAAAACUAUAGUCAUGUCAUGAUUUUAGUUUUGCGCCUUAAUCUUCGCUUUGCUGUUGCAUGUAACUCUUAUAUUUUCCAUUAAAUGAUUAUUUCUAAACACAGUUUCAAAU